UGAAAUUGGACUUGCCGCCGAAUUAGAAAGCCGCAAGACAACUCUCACUCUUCUGUGUAUGUCUCUCUUGGUUUGGGGGAAUCUUGGGUGUUCGAGGAUUUCAUUUGCUUUCCGUUCGUAGAAGAUCGAUCUCUAUCGAUCUGAUCUUGAAGGAAUCACCCAUAAUCUAACCAGGUUUGGAGUCUGAGAUUUCUUGAGAUACGUCUAUGGCUGGCCAAACUGAUCCUCAUAUCUCACUAUUUUCUCCACAAGAGAUUGAGUUUAUGGCCGAGGACGAAUUGGUGGAGAUUGUUCCCAAUAUGAACAUGGAGCAACUCAAUUUUAUCAGUGGUGAUUUUGGUCGGUUCAUUCCUCAGAUUCCUACAAAGGUGCCUCUGUGGCUUGCAGUGGCACUGAAGAGAAGAGGAAAAUGCACCUUCCGGCCUCCAGGGUGGAUGUCUGUUGACAAUUUGACUCAGAUCUUGGAAGCAGAACGGGAAUCUCAGUCGACAUUUCAGGCAUUACCAUUUAGUUACGUGGAAAUUGCCAGACUACUUAUUGACCACGCACGUGAUGAUAUUCCAGACAUGUUUAUGGUGAGAUCCCUGGUUGAGGACAUCAGAGAUGUGCGGCUUCACAAACUAGAGACUAACUUGGGAUCAUUUCAAGGUACAUCAGCAGUAAAGAUCUCUAAUGUAUCAGCAAUGGAAGUGAACAUAGUUCGCCCGUUUGUGAGAAGAGCCUUAGAAGCAUUUUAUAAGCAUGAUAAGCCUGAGGCUGAUGUAGACAGAGAUACUAGAAGUAGCAGACAACAGCGUGAAGCCAAUAAUGAACCAAGGAGACCUCUAAGGCAACGCUAGAGAGCUUCUUCCUACGUCAUUGCCUAAGUGAGAACCAGUCAGGUAUCUUCUGUGCCAAUGUUGGUCGAGCUCCAAAACCAUCAACAUGUAUUGGUAUUCUAAUAUAUGCCUUGUUUCUCCUGUGCACUGGUACCUACUCUUUUGGUAUUAAGCAUCUUUGGGCUUACAAAUUCUAAAAUAAAUUUGGAUUCUGGUGCGACUAAAUGUUCAUUUUAAUGAAGAUGGAUUCCAAAUAAA